AUGAGCGCAUCAGGGAACAAGGCGGUGCUGAUAGGUGUGAGCGGUGUAUCAUCGUCAGGAAAGACAACUCUCGCCCGGCUGCUCAGAGAUAUCGUGCCGAACACAUUCAUUCUGCACGAAGACGACUUCUACAAGACAGACCAAGAGAUACCGGUCAACGAAGAUGGAGUACAAGACUGGGACUGCCUCGGAUCACUUGACUUGGACUUGCUAGAGCAGGCUCUCGACUUUAUCAAAACGCAUGGAUAUCUACCGCCAAAUCUAGAGUCCAAGGAGGACAAGAAUGCUGUGGGUGAAUCUGGAGUCGACAGACAACGGGUGGCAGAACUCAAAAAAGCAGCGCGCAAACAGCUGGACGUAAAGUCUGAUGUGCCGGUCUUCAUUAUUGAUGGGUUCCUGCUCUUCUCACAAGACAUGCGACACAUCCGAGAACUGUUCGACAUCAAACUAUUCCUCCGAGCGGAUCACAAGACGGUCAAGCAACGACGAGAAGCCAGAACAGGCUAUGUCACGUUGGAAGGGUUCUGGGAGGAUCCGCCCGGUUACGUUGAUUCUGUGGUUUGGGCAAACUAUGCCAAGGACCAUGGCUUUCUGUUCGAGGAUGGAGAUGUAGAGGGCAAGUUGAAAGACGACCUCUGCGAAGAGUUGAGGAUCGAUACGGCGCCUCUGCAAGUACAAGGCAACAUGACGGCAUGUGUAGACUGGGCCUUUGACAGGAUACUGAGUCACUUGUCUAAAAGAACAGCAGGGGACUAG